GUCCUAACAGUAAUUUCUUCAUCCCCCUACAAUGAAGUUCUUGUGUGCUACUGUCUGAGAGAAGCCGCAGAAAUGCCUUGGCGCGGGAGCAAGGAGACGUCAUGGAUUCCUGAGUGUGGGGCUUUGCAGGAAAGCCCUGAGUCUCGGACAUGGCCGGGCUCCAGGUUUCCAUGGCAAAAGGCGCCCAAACAGGAGGAAACACUGAGGGAAUCCCGUUAUUUUACAGCAUGGGAGCGUUAUAAACACCCAGAGCGAGGAAGGAAGCCGCUCUCGAUGCUUAAGUAAUCCUCACACAGCUCGAGGAAAGGGGGGACCUCAGAGCAGAGCUGCUGCUGAGCUUGAGGCGGACACACUCUCUCUCUAGCUCUGAAAGGGAGUUUUGCGCAGCUUUAAGUUUUUUGAACGACAAAAAAUAUUUUUUCACCCCCUUUUUUUCUCUCCUUGCAACAUUUUUAACAGAAGAACCUCUAUGCUUUUUCAAGGAGAGCGAUUUUACUCCUUUUAAACUUUUUUUUAAAAUUAUUAUUAUUAUUCCCUUUUUUUCCACUUUCUUCUCCAGAUGUUUAGAGAGAACUGGAGGCUGGCGCAGUACCACAUGAUGAGGUCCAUGGAUCAAGAUGACCCUGGCCUUGCUGCUCACAAGGUGCUCAGUCCUGACCCUGAGCAGGCUUUCCCCCUGGACGAGCCGUACAGGAUCAAGGCGUGCGGCUCCCCGUACGCCGACCUGAACCCCAAAGUCCUCUCCGGGUACGAAAACCAGGAGGCCAGGAGCUACCUGGACAACACCCGGCCCGUGGGCCUCGCCCUCAGCCCCCGGAUUGAGAUCACCCCUUCCCGGGAGCACUACAGUCAGGGCCGGGACUCCCUGCCCAGCCAGCACCUGAACACCAGCCCCAGACCCACCCUCACCGUGCCUGGCCACGAAAACCUCGCCUACCGGGAGCCCCAGUGCCUGAGUCCCGCCAGCAGCAAUUCUUCCACCAGCUGGCACUCUGAGAACUACUCCCCCUGGGCGUCCCCCUGCGUGUCCCCCAGCAGCGGCCCCAACCCGGGGGAUCUCUGCCCCCGCAUGCAGAACAUCCACACCAGCUCCCCGCGCACCUCCCCAGGCACCUCCCCUCACACCAGCCUCUGCGAGGACGGCGGCCUGGGGGCCCGCUCGCCCUCGCCCCGGCCGCGCUCCGCCUCGCCGCAGGGCAAGCGCACCUACGAAAUGUACCGCAACCCGGGGCUGAUGACCGUGCCGCGCUCCCGCAGCCCGUCGCCACACAGGGGGGUGGACGAUCUCAGCAUGGGAGCUCACUACACACACCCCGGCCUCGUUGAGGGCGUGAACGGAUUCGGCAGCGGUCAGCCCGGCCUGGUGCCCCCCAAAAUAGUGAAGACGUCCAACCAGGUUUACGCUCUGUACCCGGAGAACCACGGAGACGGGAACUACUUGCUGCCCUGUGACCAGGACGGUAAAUCCAAACCCGCGGAGCCAAUCUUUGUCAUCCCAUCAAUGUGGCCCAAGCCGCUCGUUCCAAGCAUCUGCAGCCUCCCGUUGGCUUCGCUCCCGCCGCUGGAAUGGCCCCUCCCCAAACGCACGGACCAGUAUGAGCUCCACAUCGAGGUGCAGCCCAAGCCGCACCACCGGGCUCACUACGAGACCGAGGGAAGCCGGGGGGCCGUCAAAGCACCCACAGGAGGGCAUCCAGUAGUGCAGUUGCAUGGCUACAGAGGCAAGGAUCCACUCGGCCUGCAGAUCUUUAUCGGCACGGCAGACGAGCGCAUCCUGAAGCCGCACGCUUUUUAUCAAGUUCAUCGGAUCACUGGCAAGACGGUCACCACCAACAGCUACGAGAAGAUCGUCCACGGCACAAAAGUCCUGGAGAUCCCGCUGGAGCCCAAGAACAACAUGAAAGCCAUAAUCGACUGCGCCGGCAUCCUGAAGCUCAGGAACGCCGACAUCGAGCUGAGGAAAGGCGAGACGGACGUCGGCCGGAAGAACACCCGGGUGCGUCUGGUGUUCCGCGUGCACAUACCUCAGCCCGGAGGUCAGCACGUGUCUCUGCAAGCGGCCUCGCAUCCCAUCGAGUGCUCCCAGCGUUCUGCACACGAGCUUCCCAUGGUGGAGAAGCAGGACAUGGACAGCUGCUCCGUCCUGGGCGGCCAGCAGAUGAUCCUGACCGGGCAGAACUUCAGCUCCGACUCAAAGGUCAUCUUUCUGGAGAAGACUCACGGUAAGUCGUCCCUUGGCUCGCCGCUUUAAAAGGGAAGCAGCCCCGCGGCGGAGCCUUGU